AUGAGGCUCCAACUUGCGACUAUUCUUAUCGGCCUGUGCGGCGCUACCCUUGCGGCUCCAGCCCACCAGCAGCGGGAUAAGCGGCUGUGGCCAUUCCCAUUCCCUGGCGAAGGCCUCGAGCCGGGACCAGAGCCAGCACUGCCUUUCCCGAGCCUUCCUUUCCCGAGCCUUCCUUUUCCAGGCCUUCCUUUUCCAGGCGCGCCCGACGACGAGAACGGCUUUCCUCCGAUCUUCCCAAGGCCUCCAUCUGCAGGCGGCGGUACCUGGGGGGGAGAGUCUCCUUCAGGCAGUGUCUCUGAGGACGGCGAAGGCCCGUCUGGGCUUCCUUGGCAGCUGUCCGGUGCCGAUGAGCAGGACGGCGACUUUCAGGGCCCGAGAACGGCAGAUGAGGUGCUGGGAGAGGAGGAGAGCGGGUUGGAGGAAUGA